AAAGUAAUUAUAAAAUAAAUUUCUUUGUGUUUGAUUCCUAUUCAAGAGAAUCACUUUAUAUAUAGUCAAUAUAGGCACAGAGGUAAAUUUUUUUAACAUUUUCUAAUGUCCGCCCCUGCAUACGUACACAUACUAGGAACCAGGGGUGGACUGACCAUUUGGAAACUUGGGCACUGCCCGAGGGCCCCGGGGUCAGUAGGGGGCCCCAUGAGAUGCCCCUGGUACCUUUUUCAUAGGCUUUUUUGAGUUUGGGCAAGGACACAGGGGCCCCAUGAUCCCCUAUUGCCCAGGGGCCCCAUGAGUUGUCAGUCCACCCCUGCUAGGAACAAU